CACAUGUCCUUAGUAAAGAAUCGACCAUGAACAUCUUAGCAUGUUGUUUCCCAUGUCUUCCCACUAGUCCUACACUAUCGCUCAACUCUACCAGCUAUAAAAUCCAUCGUCUUUUAGGAGAAGGUGGGUUUUCCUAUGUGUACUUGGUGUCCCCCACUUCCAACCCCAAUCUGUUUUAUGCAUUAAAGAAAAUCAGAUGUCCCUUUGGCACCGGUGAUGAAAGCUACAAGAAUGCCAUGAGGGAAAUCCACAACUAUCACCGCUUUACUAACUCACAGACACCAUACAUCAUUCAAACAAUUGAUGAAUGUAUCAUUUCCGAAGUGGACGGUGGACAGAGUGUGUAUAUUCUCUUGCCCUAUUUCCAGUCUAGUUUACAAGAUGUAAUUACCAAGAAUGUCUUGAAUGAUGAGAAGAUGCCGGAACUGGAGAUAAUUAGGAUUUUUACCGGUGUAUGUCGUGGAUUGAAAGUUAUGCACAACUAUCAGGCCACUUCUACUACUAAUACGACUACCGAUGACGAUAACGAGCAAGGUCAAUUGCUUCCGGAUAAUGAUGAAGAUACGCUUGCUGGGAUAGAUAACGAUCCGGAAUCAACCCAAUUGACUGAGCUUACUCCGUAUGCGCAUCAUGAUAUAAAACCAGCCAAUGUCAUGGUAUCCCCCGAGGGAUUGCCCGUACUUGUUGAUCUCGGAUCGUGUACUAAAGCCAGAUUCAAUAUUCGAAGUAGACAGCAAGCAUUAGCAUUAACUGAUUUUGCCCAGGAACAUUGUACAUUACCUUAUAGAGCCCCUGAAUUGCUCGACGUCUCGACAAACUCUACCAUUACCGAAGCUACUGAUAUCUGGAGUAUGGGAUGUUUAUUAUAUAGUUUAUGUUUUGGAUUCUCGCCAUUUGAGAAAAUGGAAUUGGAGCAAGGUGCCAAUUUAAACAUUGCCAUAAGCCAGGGAAAGUACAUUAUCCCCCAGGGCCACGAGUAUAGCCAAGAGUUGAUAAAGCUUAUUGAUCUGUGCUUGCAAGUCAAGCCGGAGAAUAGGCCUACUGUAGCUGAGUUGUUGGAAACAACGUUGCAACUAGCGAGAAAUUAAUAGUAUAUAACGCUACAAUGUAAUGUGUGAUAUUUUU